GCUUUUGAAAUGGUGGAUAUUAAGAUAAUCAAAGAUCAACAGUCUCCCCUGUAUUGGCCAGUCUAGUGUGCAUCUAUGAACUCCUUACCGCCCUCCACUUCUGCCGUCAGUAGCCCUGUCAGCUCCGUAGAUUCGCCACUGUCAGCCGUCAGCUCGUCCAUCGGCUCUCCUGGCGUUCCCGGCACCCCAUCCAUCGGAUAUGGACCCAUCAGCAACUCUCAAAUAAACUCCUCGAUGUCGGUGUCUGCAUUACAUGCUGUCAGCAGCUCUGAUGAUGUGAAACCCCCCUUUGGCUUAAAGUCUGUCAGUGGCUCUGGGCCAAUGCUCUCCCAGAAACGCAUGUGUGCAAUUUGUGGGGACCGAUCUUCGGGGAAGCAUUAUGGCGUGUACAGCUGUGAAGGCUGCAAGGGUUUCUUCAAACGCACAGUCAGAAAGGACCUGAGCUACACCUGCAGGGACAACAAGGAGUGUCUGGUUGAUAAACGUCAGCGCAAUCGUUGCCAGUACUGCCGCUAUCAGAAGUGCCUGGCCAUGGGAAUGAAAAGAGAGGCUGUUCAGGAAGAGCGUCAGAAGAAUAAGGAACGGGAUGGAGACUAUGAAUGCAGCAGUUCAGCCAAUGAGGAGAUGCCUGUGGAGAAGAUCCUGGAGGCCGAGACAGCUGUAGAGCACAGAACAGACCUGCACUCUGAUGCCACUGGUUCACCCAAUGAUCCAGUCACUAACAUCUGCCAGGCUGCUGACAAACAGCUGUUCACUCUGGUGGAGUGGGCCAAGAGAGUCCCUCACUUCUCUGAGCUGCCGCUGGAUGACCAAGUCAUUCUGCUCAGAGCCGGGUGGAACGAGCUGUUGAUUGCUGCCUUCUCUCAUCGCUCCAUCAGUGUGAAGGAUGAGAUUCUGUUGGCCACAGGUCUCCAUGUGCCCAAAGAGAGCACUCACAACUUGGGCGUGGAGGCCUUUUUUGACAGGGAGAGUUCACACAGUGCAGAGGUGGGAGCCUUAUUCGACAGGGUUCUUACUGAGCUGGUCUGCAAGAUGCGUGACAUGCAAAUGGACAAAACUGAACUUGGCUGUCUGCGUGCCAUAGUUCUGUUUAACCCAGAUGCCAAAGGUCUGACAAGCAGCAGUGAAGUGGAGCUCCUCAGAGAGAAAGUGUAUGCGUCCCUGGAGUCCUAUUGCAAGCAGAAGUAUCCAGAUCAGCAAGGGAGGUUUGCCAAGCUCCUCCUUCGGCUUCCUGCAUUGCGUUCCAUUGGCCUUAAGUGUCUGGAGCACCUUUUCUUCUUUAAACUGAUUGGAAACACCCCCAUUGACACUUUCCUAAUGGAGAUGCUGGAGUCGCCCCACUAGUUGCGUCAGAGGAAAAUUGGGAGAUUUUCUGCCCUAGGUCCUGGAGAUAACUGUGACUGCACUUUUUAUUCCCAGAGGAAUUACAGCAAUUGGUCAGCCUCUGGUCUGGGGGUAACUUUUUUAUUUAAUUUUUUUUUUGUCAUUUCUUUUCAUUUUUUUUUUUCUCUUGACUAUCUCUUAAGUGCACCAUAGAGUCUAGAGACCCAAAACUUGCCAUGAAAAAUUAUUGGUGCUACAUUUGAAAAGUAAGCUAAUUCUUCAUAUAUAUAUAUAUAUAUAUAUAUAUAUAUAUAUAUAUAUAUAUA